AUGGCUCGAAGUAUUUCAUACAUCACUGGAUCUCAGCUUCUUUCUCUAAAACGUCCCCCCAAUAUUGCUAUUAUAGACGUCAGGGACGACGAGAGGAGUUACGAUGGGCAUAUUGCCGGUUCACUGCAUUAUGCUAGCGACAACUUCGUCGAUAAAAUGCCCAACCUUGUCCAGGCCGUCAAGGGCAAAGACACCCUUGUCUUUCACUGCGCCCUAAGCCAGUUCUGA